AUGCGCUCUAUCAGCAUUGCUCUAUUACUGGUGGCGGCCGCGUUGGCCAUUGAGAUUCCAAUCAGACGGGUUCAACGGAAGGAACGCGGCUUUUCCUCAGGAAUUCCAAUUGAUCUGGACACUGGUUCAAAAGCAUUUGUCGGCACAGUGUCGAUUGGAAACCCCGGGCAAGACAUUAAUGUUGCUUUUGACACCAGCACUUCUGCCCUCUGGGUUCCUGAUGCUUCAUGCUCAUGUGGAGCUCAAUGUGGCGAUGGUAUGUAUAUACAUAUGAUCAUCAAAUAUCCUUUAGAAAAGCUGUGCCCUCACCUCUGUGCUUCUCACUGCUGCGCCAAGAAACUCAGCGACGAAAAGUCUUCCGGAUCAUGCUCAAACAAAAACGUCUUUGACCCGGAGCGAUCAAGGAGCUACGUGAAGGGUAAGUUCCAAAUUCCAAAAGAUAUUUCCAACCUUGUGGUGUGAGCGUUUCUCAAACAACAUCAUUUUAUUUUAGGAACCGGCUCAUCCAACUUGACGUUCUUGGGCUCCACGAUUCAAGCCGCUCUUGGGCAUGACACCUUCCGCCUUGGCACUCACUAUCGUCCUGGCCUUACCGCCAACAAUGUUCAAUUUGGCGUUGUCAAGGAAUUUAACGAGGCCUACCAAGACGUUAACUACGACGGAGUCUUUGGUCUUGGCUUGGCCUCCAAGGAUGGAGUCCCCUCCCCCAUCAAGCAGCUGGCUGAUCAUGGAGUGAUCCCAUCUCCUUUGCUAUCCCUCUAUUUGUUUCCUCAAACUCCCGACAAUGUUGUUGACGGAGUUCUUACUGUCGGACAGUUGGACAGACAGCGUUGUCUUCCAGUCACCCGAUUCGUUAAAGUCGAGAAGGAAGAAGGAUGGAUCUUCAGUGCCACCACCUUCAAAAUCGACGCUAGUGGCUAUAAAGCUCACAACGAAUCGUGGCGGGUAAGUUGACAGCAUUUUUCAAGGAUCUCAAUCUUUACUUUCACUGCAGUUUUAAUGACUAGAUUUUUAGGGGGUCUUUGACUUCGGAAGUGAGUACAUCCAUAUGCCAAGAGCGGCGUUUAGCGCGUUGCGCUCACACUUCAGCGCGAGAAAUGACAGUGAAGGCCGCUUGGUCUACCCUUGCCGUAGCAGUCGUGACGUGCUAUUUAACGUUGGCGGUGAAUUGAUUUAUGUUUCAAGCACGCUUCUGUCAGCUCCAUACGAUGGGUUCAAUUGUCAAUUCAAGGUCAAGGAAACUGACGCUAACGACAAAUACGCCUUCCGCUACGGUCUUCCGGUGCUGCAGAAAAACUGUGUUGUCUUCGAUUUCAACGGACUGCUGGCGUUGCCCAAGAAAAGAGAGUAA